AUGUCCCACCACCCCUCCUUCUACGAGGCCACCCGCACCAAGCUGAUGGACCUGCCCCCCAUGCCGCCAAAUCUGCGCGGGACGCGUCCUCCCCCCGCCUUCCGCGCUCCUGCUCCCAAGCAGCGCUCAGCCUCACCACUUGAGCUCCUGCCGCUGGACGACCCGUCCCACCGCGGCUCUCCCCUCUCGCUGACCGACGCCAUCCUGGCGCAGACGUGGAUGCCCUUCGGCCGUCCCGCGUCCCCGCUCUCGCUCGUCUCGAUCUCGUCGGGCCCUACCCGCGCAACAGGCUCCGACUCCGACUCCGACGACGACUACGUGCCUCUCGAGAACCCCCUCGACAGCCCCUUCUCGCGCCCCGCGAGCCCCGCUAGCACCGCCAGCUCCGCCAGCCCCGCGAACUCGGGAUACCUCUUCACCAGCCCCCUGUUCCAGUCCUUCUCUGCUCUCUCGGCUCUCUCCGCUCUGAGUCUGGAACCUGCCUCGGAGUCUUCGUACGACGCCGACUUUGCCAUCUCGCCCUCGCCCUCCCGCUCCGGCGAGGGGGAGAUGUCGUCUUUCGAGAACGUGGAUCCCGUCGAGGCGUUCUCUGAUUCGGACACGCCCUCUAGCCCCCACUCCCAUGCGGCGUACCUCUCCUCGCCGUUCUCGUCGCCACUCUCGCCUUUCUCCUCCCCCCUUGACUCGCCAUUCUCGUCCCUCCUUGACGAUGUAGACGACGUCGACGACGAGCGCGAGACGGACGCCGGCUCGGUCUGUUCCGACUCUGUCCUCCUCUCCCGUCUUGACAAGGAGGAGCAGUGGAGUGACGACGACCGUGACGACGACCGCGACGACGACCGUGACGACGACCGUGACGACUUCCAGGUCGGCACGCCCCCGGCCCUCCUCUGCGAGAGGGAGGAGAGGGAGGAGAGGGAGCUCGCGUUCCUCCGCCGCAUUUUCUCCGUCUCCCUCAUCCAGCGCGCCCUGCCCCUCAAUGAGGACCAGUACUACGCUAUCUGCCACUCUGGCCUGAGCGUGCGCGAGUACGUCGAGGACGCACUCCUCAAGCGCCCCCUUGAGCAGAUCAUCGGCGGGACUCCCGGGCCCGCUUCGCCCGCGGCGGCUUGCGCUGUGCUCGCCGAAACUCCAGGGUCGAGCUCUCGACGAUGA